CACCCAAUUCCUUGAAAACCUUACCAAGUCACCACCCUUUAUUUCCCCACCAUGGCCAAAACCAUCCCAAACCUCACCUCCACCAUCUUCACCAGCUUCUUCUUCUCCCUCCUCAUAGCCACAAAAUCUCAAGAAUUCUCAAGAAGCCUCUCUCAGAAAAAACUAGGGCUCAAAAAAGAAAAGCUCAGCCAUCUCCACUUCUACUUUCACGACACCCUCUCCGGCAAAAACCCAACCGCAGUCCGAGUUGCAAAGGCUCCCAUAACAAAAAUAUCCCCAACCUUGUUCGGAGUCGUGGUCGUGAUGGACGACCCGUUGACAUUAAAGCCUGAACCGAGCUCCAAACAAGUGGGAAGAGCACAGGGAAUCUAUGCCUCUGCAUCACAGACUGAGUUUGGUUUGUUAAUGGCUAUGAACUUUGCUUUCACAGAAGGGAAGUACAACGGAAGCAGUCUUAGUAUUUUGGGUCGAAACACUGUGUUUUCGACGGUGAGAGAGUUGCCGGUGGUCGGAGGGAGUGGACUUUUCAGAUUUGCAAGAGGGUAUGCUCAUGCCAAGACUCACUCGCUUAACUUCACCAGUGCUGAUGCUGUUGUGGAGUACAAUGUCUAUGUCUUCCAUUAUUGACCACUUGUUUAGUUUCCGAGUCCAUAGAUAAUACAAAAAGGGUAUAUACUAUACAUAAACGCUAGAUUUUUUUUUAUUUGAUUUUCUUUAUCAUUAGAUACGUAAGUAGUAAGAAUUAAAUUAAUGUUCACAUGUGUGAUUUAUAUUUUUAA